AUCUAUUCUUCACAGCAUACUGAAUGCCUCUGAGGAAAGCUGGUCAGAUGGAUGCAGUAAGAAUCAGCCUUUUACUGCUUUUGCUAUGUUUUGGGUGCUAUUGGGACUGUGAAGCAAUUGUUCUUAAAAUAAUCAACAAAGAACCACAUUCGAUUCGAAUCUGCACAAAUGAAACAUCAAAUGUCCUCACACUGAUAGUGUGUAGGAUCAGAACAUUGAGGAACAGCAGAGAGGAGUGCCGUCUGCUGUACAGGGAAGGAGGCGAGUUUGUUCAUCAGUGUGACUCCAGGUUCAGCCUUAAAACAUGGAAUGACACUGUGUUUCUGUACCUGACCAGUUUAACACCAGCAGAUACUGGAAACUACACCUGUGAGUGUUCAAGACUCGAUGGAACAUAUAUUCUUUAUCUCAACAUCACAGUUAAAGGAGUGAUCCUUCCUUCAGGUUUGACGGCUACAGUUCUCUUAUUUAUAAUAAUUUGUGGCAUGGUGAAAGUUAUUCACAGAAGACAUCUACAUUGUGGCUGUGUAAAGUCAGAAGAAUCUGGAUCAUAUGUACAUGGAUCUGGCUCUCCUACAGUAAGUUAUUGCAGUUUUUAUAAGUCACAGUUUUCAAUAGUUAGCUAGCAUCAAAUAAAAAU